AUGACACCGCGGGAAGAUGCCGCUCGGGAAGGGGGCGUCUUAGGCGUUCUCGCGAGGUUCUGGUUUCAUUCCUAUGCCCCCGACUAUAUCGGCUUCGUCAGCCUGCUUACGGCCUACCUCCUAAUCCAACUCCUAGUCGAACCGUUCCACCGCAUGUUCUUCAUCAACAACUUAAACAUUGGCUUCCCUCAUGCGGAGGUUGAGCGGGUUCCCGUAUGGUUGAACUUCGUCUACGCCCUCUUUGUGCCGCUCGGCAUAGUAUUACUUUACAACAGCUUCACCCGAGCGACUUUCCAUAAGCACCACAGCACCGUGUUGGGUCUCGCUGUCGCUCUCAUCCUGAGUUCGUUCCUAACCGAUGUUGUCAAAAAUACGGUCGGCCGUCCUAGGCCAGACCUCAUUUCUAGAUGUAAGCCUGCGCCGGGCACCAUGCCUGACACGUUGGUCACAAUCGACGUCUGUACCGAAACCGACCACCAUACUCUUCACGACGGUUGGCGAUCUUUCCCUUCGGGACACUCUAGCUUCUCGUUCAGCGGCCUCGGGUAUCUGGCCUGUUUUCUAGCCGGCCAGCUGCGGGUCUUCCGUGACAGGAAGGAUCUCGGCCGGUCGUUGGUCUGUAUAGCGCCUCUUCUCGGGGCAACCCUGAUAGCCAUCAGCCGCUGCGAAGACUACCGCCAUGACGUAUACGAUGUCUGUGCGGGAUCGGCAUUAGGAUUUACCGUCGGGGUCUUCAGCUACCGUAGGUACUGGCCGAGACUGGGCAGUCGGGAGUGCGAUGAACCGUACCCGGCACCGGGGACGGGGUCGGCGGAUAAGGAUGGAUGGCGGAGAAUUCGGGAUGAGGAGGAAGGCAGCCUGCCCGCGGGACGAAUCGCCGGGUAUGAGAUGGCCAGCACAACGACGGAUGAUGAGGGAUCAUAG